GGCAAUGGGAAAAGACUGAGUCGCACAAGAAAAGAUUCAAGGAUGAGAGCUCCGACAGUUCGAGUUGCCGCAUAUCAAACCCCACAACGACAACACAGGAGACAAGCUGUUACCGUAUGAUAAGCUCUCCGAGACUAUGCUCCAAAGGUUUCACUCAAAACUCGAUGACCCGCUCUACUUCAGGAUCAUAGAUCAGGAGCUCACUCCCGCUGCCCGUCAAGCUGCUAUUGUUGAACUCCUACUCAAGAAAGGGGCUCCAGUGAACGCGAAAACGCAAGAAGGCAGAACCCCACUCCAUGUCGCUGUGAAUUCUAACCCAGAUCUCGUCCGGCUGCUCCUCGAGUACGGCGCAGACCCGAAUGUGGCAACAACAGACGGAAUAACGCCCUUGAUGCAAGUAGCAUCAAGAGGCGAUCGUGAACUUGUCGAGAUGCUCUUGCUCGCUGGUGCGGAUCCAGAUGCCCAGCUGAUUCUUGCGCCAUUGGACAAGCGGCAGUGCUCUUCUUUCAUCGAGCGAAGCCAUUGGACAUUCCACCAAUGCGAUGCACCUCUUACAGCCUUGGCGGUCGCUGCAGAGCGUGGACACUAUGAGGUAGUUGAACUCUUGCUUCAGCACGGUGCGGACCCAAAUAAGCCUAUUGAGCAUCAUGCGCAUGGUCGACUACCGUCUAAGCGAGAUAAGCGACGGCGAGCACGGCAUUAUGCGGAUCUUGACUCUUCAGAUUCAGAAGUGGAGCCUGAGCAGUGGAAGGGAUACAUAAGUAUUGGCAUUGCGCUGUCAUGGGCGAGGGAUGAGGUGCGCAAGCUGCUGCUCCGGAACGGGGCUGUUCCAGAGAAAGAGCAGUCGUCGCGAGAGUGUGACUGCGUCGUAAUCGAAAAAAGGAAAGAGAGAAGCUGGGUCACUGAUUCGGAAGAUGAUUUGCCCGCGAGGAGUGAUGGGGAUGACUCUGAUUCAAAAUUGCGGAGGCAUAGGUUGCCUGGUAGGAGGGUAUUCAAGUGGGACGGGGACACUGAUGACAGCGACUAGAUGGCCUAGUAGAUCCGUUUUCUAUCUCCUUGAACG